CACUUCGUUUCGGAAGAAUAACAAAGUUAUUUGUUUCUAACAGAAAAUUUUCAGUGGAAUAGCCGGAAUAGCAAGAAUAUUAUCUGACGGCUCUGCAUAAAAGUUGUUCAUGUUUUUUUCGAGUGCUAUUUUUGGUACCGUGUAGUGUUGUCAACGUUUGUUUACUACUUUACUGUAUGAAAUCGGACAAGUCAUUCGACGAAGGAACACUAUUUAGGACAAAACCCAGAUAAGAGUUCUUGAUUUCGGUUUUCAUUUUAGCUGCGAUCAUAAAGUAUAGGAAAUUGAGUCUCAACAUGCCUUACGUUUAUUUGGGAGUACAAUUGCCUUUUCAAUCGUAUAAAAAAAUAAAGGUAGACAAUUUUGAAUUGAAUCACAAAGCAGAGCAGCUUCGUGUAGAAGCUGGCAAGGCAAUCAAGGGCAUACCUGUUGAGGAGCUCGAUUUUAUUUAUUGCGGUGAUCUACUAGAUGACAACGAUGUCCUUAGUGACAAAGGCAUAGAAAAUGGGUCCGUAAUUCAUAUUAUACAAAAGAAAAAGGAACUUCCACCUGCAGCAGACGUGCACAACUUCACCGAAGCGGACGUGCAGGAAAUUCUUGGAAUAUGGAGAACCGUAGAUUCAUCGAAUUUCCAGAAAGUACGUCACCCGGAGUUUAUGAGAAACGUUCUUGACGCUAAUCCGUCGGUUCGCAAAGACUUAUGGGCAUUGUCCAUUUUGAAAGACCCGAUUUUGCUGUCUUCCAUGCAGCAACCAGAAACAAUUCGAAGAGUGGCAGAAAAGCAUUAUAUACUAAUCGAAGCAUCUCGAUCGAUCGUCCAGCUUCUUAAUUCGAAGAUGAUAUCCAAAUCAGCGACAUUUUCACCGACAAUCGAAAGUGCAUUAGAUGAUGCUUUGUCGGAUUCUUCGUCCAGUGAUGAUAACGCGUCGCCGACAACUUCUACAGGAGCACGGUCGGCUAGACGUAUCACUGCAGAUCAGCUUGCAUCUGCAUUGGCUUUCGCGGGCACGUCCUUCAACUCUCUUUCAAAUAUUUCUCAAAGGGAUGCUGACAGUCGGGAAAACACAGAUCAAAGUAAUCAGCCUUCUACGUCUGGUAGUGCUUCCGCUUCAAAUCGCAUAACACCAUCGAUGUUCAUGAACGCUUUGUCUGAGGUAAUACAAUCACAAAGACGAUCAAAUGAUCCCGAGCCAAUGGACACAUCUCCUCCUGCUGCAGCACCGACCGUACCAGCUGAUCCUGUCGACAAUGACGUCGGGGCGCAAACACAGACGCAACACUCGACAUUGGAGGCGAGUCUUAGUAAAUAUCGCGCUGAGCUGGAUCAAAUGAGAGAGAUGGGCUUGACUGACACAGAAACAAACAUUCAGGCAUUGAUAGUAUGCAAUGGAAAUGUAGAAGCAGCAGUCAAUUUGGUAUUCAGUGGUAUGACUAAUUGAAUUUUUCAGUUUUUCCGCAAGAACUUCAUUGAGCAACUAACUUGUUUAUUCGAAUAGAAUAAAAUUAGUAAAAAUA